CGGAAAGCCAGCCAAUUAUAUUCCCAAUGCAAACUCAGUGGCGGCAUUUUCGACUGGAGCAAUUGGCCACAGUCCCGCCCUCAGGUUCCACUGUUUCGUGUGGAGGUAACCGAUGGGGAACGGAAUCGUGGAGGUUGAGCUGCUGCAGCUGCUAGCGUCUGGUAGAAGCCUGCGGUGGUCGUCGGCCUUAUGAGCGGACGGCAGAGAACGCUUUUCCAGACAUGGGGCUCUAGCGUCUCCCGAUCCGCCCGGGCUCCGGGUUGCAGGUCUGGAACUGAGCGGCCUCCGAGCCUUGCCACUUCCAGGGCGCGUUUUCCUGCAGCGGCACAGGCUGUGGAGGCUCAGCCGGAGUCGGACGAUGAUGUAUACUUGGUAGCAGUGUACGAGGCGGAGCAGCAACUGAGUCUAGACAAUGGCGGAUUCUGCACCUCAGCGGGCGCCCUGUGGAUUUACCCUACUAAUUGCCCAGUGCGGGACUACCAGCUCCACAUCGCCCGGACCGCUCUGUUCUGCAACACGCUGGUGUGUCUGCCCACCGGGUUAGGAAAGACCUUUAUUGCCGCCGUGGUCAUGUACAAUUUCUACCGCUGGUUCCCUUCCGGCAAGGUAGUCUUCAUGGCUCCUACGAAACCUCUGGUGACACAGCAGAUCGAGGCUUGCUACCGGGUGAUGGGUAUUCCGCAAUCCCACAUGGCCGAAAUGACAGGGUCUACUCAAGCUUUCACCAGGAAAGAAAUCUGGGGCAGUAAGAGAGUCCUUUUUCUUACACCUCAAGUCAUGGUAAAUGAUCUUGCUAGAGGAGCUUGUCCUGCUGCUGAAGUAAAGUGUCUAGUUAUUGAUGAAGCUCAUAAAGCUCUUGGGAACUAUGCUUAUUGCCAGGUUGUAAGAGAACUAGUCAAAUACACAAAUCACUUUAGAAUCUUGGCUCUUAGUGCCACACCAGGUAGUGAUAUAAAGGCUGUGCAACAGGUUAUUACUAAUCUACUAAUUGGGCAGAUAGAACUUCGUUCUGAAGAUUCUCCAGAUAUUUUGCCAUACUCUCAUGAAAGACGAGUUGAAAAGGUAGUUGUUACCCUUGGUGAAGAACUUGGAGGCAUCCAAAAGGCAUAUAUCCAGAUUUUGGAAGCACUUGCCAGUUCUUUGAUUCAGAGGAAUAUUUUGAUGAGAAGGGAUAUCCCCAAUCUAACUAAAUACCAGAUAAUUCUGGCAAGAGAUCAAUUUAGGAAAAAUCCAUCUCCCAGCAUUGUGGGAAUGCAACAAGGCAUAAUCGAGAGAGAGUUUGCUAUUUGUAUUAGUCUAUAUCAUGGUUAUGAAUUAUUGCAGCAAAUGGGAAUGAGAUCAUUAUAUUUCUUCCUUUGUGGAAUUAUGGAUGGAACUAAAGGCAUGACUUGCACAAAAAAUGAACUUAGCCGAAAUGAGGACUUCAUGAAACUCUAUAAUCGUCUAGAGUGCAUGUUUACACAUACACAGAGUACUUCAGCAAGUGGCUUUUCUACUAUCCAAAAAGAAGAUAAAAAAAAAUUUUUUUUCUAUAGUCAUCCAAAAUUAAAGAAGUUAGAAGAAGUCAUAGUUGAACAUUUCAAGUCAUGGAAUGCUCAAAACACUUUUGAAAAGAAACGUGAUGAGACCAGAGUUAUGAUCUUCUCUUCAUUUCGAGAUAGUGUUCAAGAAAUUGCAGAAAUGCUUUUACAGCAUCAGCCAGUUAUUAGAGUAAUGACUUUUGUUGGCCAUGCCUCUGGGAAAAGCAUGAAAGGUUUUACUCAGAAGGAGCAACUGGAGGUAAUGAAACAGUUUCGUACUGGUGGUUAUAAUACAUUGGUUUCUACUUGUGUUGGUGAAGAAGGUUUGGAUAUAGGAGAAGUUGAUCUUAUAAUAUGUUUUGAUGCCCAGAAGAGUCCAAUUCGUCUUAUACAACGAAUGGGUAGAACUGGCCGAAGACGUCAGGGCAGAAUUGUUGUUAUUCUUGCUGAAGGGCGAGAAGAACGUAUUUAUAAUCAAAGUCAGUCCAACAAAAGAAAUAUUUAUAAAGCUAUUUCAGGUAACAAGCAGGUCCUUCAUUUUUACCAAGGCAGUCCACGAAUGGUUCCUGAUGGAAUCAAUCCUGCAUUACAUAAAAUGUUCAUCACACAUGGUGUCUAUAAACCAGAGAAGGCUUCUCGGAACUUGAAGCGAAUGAGGCAAAGUAAUUCAAAGAAAGAUUGGUUCUUAUCAGAAGAAGAAUUUAAAUUAUGGAACAGACUUUAUCGAUUAAAAGACAGUGAUGAAAUUAAGGAAAUAACAUUGCCUCAAGUUCAGUUUUUAUCUUUACAGAAUGAGGAAAACAGACCAACUCAAGAACCAGCCAUUGGAAUUCGUCAACUCUCUCUCUCUGAAUGGAGAGUGUGGCAGGAUCAUCCUUUUCCUACGUUUCAAGUUGACCAUUCAGAUCGAUGUUACCAUUUUAUAAGUAUCAUGCAGAUGAUAGAAGGAAUGAGACAUGAAGAGGGAGAAUGCAGCUAUGAAUUGGAAAUGAAAUCUUAUUUACAAAUGGAAGAUGUUAGCUCAAGACUUAGUGCUCCCAGGAACGAAUAUAAUCCUCUUGCCAAUGACAUCUUUACUAGUAAUAAGAAAUCUUCAUUUACAAAGAAAAUAAAUAAAGGCAGUUUAUUUUCAUUGACAGAAUCUGAUGAAGAAUAUGCUGAAGUUUUUAAACAAACCCGUAUCAAACCUACUAAAAUUGUUUCUCUAAAGAAAAAAGCUUUUAAAGAACAGAAAAAAGAUCAGCCUAAAAAAGAAAAUAGUGAAGUUUUUAUGAAUUCUUUAGAUUCUGAUGGCAAUUCUGUUAAAAAUAUGCUCCACGUGGACCUACUAGAUGAGAAAAGGGCAUCAGAUUCAGGGGAAACUGCUGCUGUGUGUGCUGUCAAGAGGAGUGUCAGUCAGCCAUGUACAUUGUUAAUGGGAUGUCAGGUUACAAAUAAAUCCAGUUCAUCUGCUGGAAGUUUUUUAGAUUCUGGUUAUAAUAGUUUCAGUGAUGAGAAAUAUGUGUCAUCAAGCUUAUUUCUUCCAUUUGAGCAAGAGUUUUAUAUAACUACAGAAGAUGAACAAUUUUAUAAUUGUCAUUCAUUAACAAAAGACGUACUAGCUAAUAUAGAAAGAUUUUUGUCUCAUUCUCCUCCACCACUCAGUGGACUCUCAAAUUUAGAAUAUGAAAUUGCUCAGUGUUCUGCACUUGAGACUUUGCUUUGCUUACCCUACGAAGAAUAUUUACAAAAUGAUAAAUCCACUUCCUUCGUGUCAAAUUCAGAUGUAAAUUCUCAACAGAAUUUAGAAUUCAAUUCACUUAAAUUUAUUAAUCAUCCUGAAAAAAAUUACCAUUAUAGUGCAACUAAUGAUAAUAAGAUUUCUGAAGAGUCAGGCUUCUGUGACUAUGAUAGUAAACUACAUAAAGAUAAUAAAAAUGAAAAUUUAGUACCCAAUAAUCAUAUUCAGAUAAACAUAGGUCCUCCAGAAUAUUUUGUUGAAGAAAAAAAUCAGGAUGUUGACAACAAUGGCCUCCCAAUAUUGCUCAGUGACCAGAAUGAGAGUUUACUGCUAUUUGAAGAUGUUAAUACAGAGUUUAAUGAUGUGAGCCUUUCUCCCCUGAACAGUAAAUGCAAAUCUGUAUGUGUGUCAGACAAAACUUCUGUAAGUGAAAUGGCACUGGCCUCUCAGUUCUUAAUUUCUGAUAGACUUCUGUUAGACAAUUUUGUACCCCAAGAUCGAAGUAUCUGUAAUACUAAUAGUUGGAAAUCUCAGGAAGAUUUGAGAGGUGUAUGUGAAGGAAAACUGAAGAGUGAUGAGCAUGUUUUUGACUGCUCUAAGGAUUUAUUUUCUGUUACCUUUGAUUUAGGAUUUUGUGGUCCAGAUUCUGAUGGUGAAAUAUUCGAACAUGCAUCAGAUACAAAUAAAAAUACAUUUUUAGAUGAUCUGUCUGGAAGGUGUUUAGAUACUAAGGAGCUAAGUGAUGCAAAUUAUGUUUCAAAUCAAAGAGUAAUACCAGUGCACCACAUUGAUAGUUCUAAGAGUAGAAUCAGCACUAUCCCAUCAAGUGAAGAUAAGCAGAGUCCAAGUUUUUCACCUUUUCCACUGAGUGCAGCAGAAAUUAAAGAAUUUAUGUCUCCUGGUUAUUCUCAGUUUUCUUUGCCAGUAGGAAAAAAAGUUAUGAGUACACCACUUUCUGAAUCACACACAUUGAACUCAUUUUCUAAGAAGAGAAAGGAAAUGCCUAGGAUGCCAGAUUCUAAUAAGAGCAAAGUAAAUCUACAAAGUUUCAAAGAAACAUUGAAUUCAACUUUUGAUGAUUCAGGACUUUCUAUAGAAAAGACUAAAAGCAGGGAACAAAUCAUUCUGCAUCAAUCCUGUCAUUAUUCUGUUGAAGUUACAGAUGAACAACUAACAAGCAGUGAAAGUGAAGAUGAUGAGAUUUUCCGAAGAAAAAGUAAAAAAACAAAAGGAAAUGUUUUAGAAUCCCCUGAGGAUCACAAAAAUAGUGACAUUGAUUCUCCACUUCAUGCUGUAAAAAAACGCAGGGUUCCUCCAAACAGAUUAGAAUUAUCAUCUAGUGAUGAGAGUGAGAAUUUUCACAAAGAACAUCCACAAUCAGAAGACUUCAAGGGUUGUAACAGGAAUGCCAAAAGAGGCAUGAAGGUCCCAAAGAGACAGAAUCAGCUAAAGCUUGUCGGUAGGAAGUUUUUAGAUGAUGAAGCAGAACUUUCCCAAGGAGACGGAGAAUGUGUUUCAUCAGAUGAAAAUGAUGAGUCAGAAAAUGAACAAGAUUCCUCAUUACUUGACUUCUUAAAUGAUGAGACUCAACUUUCACAGGCUAUAAAUGAUUCUGAAAUGAGAGCUAUUUACAUGAAAUCUGUGCACAGUCCAUUGAUGAGCAAUAGGUACAAAAUGGUCUGUAAGAAACAUAACAACAUAAACAUUUUCUCACAGAUUCCUGAGCAAGAUGAAAACUAUAUAGAAGACAGUUUUUGUGUUGAUGAAGAGGAGUCUUGCAAAAGUCAGUCAAGUGAAGAAGUGUGUGUUGAUUUUAACAUAAUAAAUGAAGAGUGCUUUGCAAAUGAUAGUAAAAAAUAUAAAACACGACAUGCAGUAAAGCAAAUGAAGAUGAUACAAAAUUGUGCACUUUCAAAAAAGAAAUUAUCCAGAAUUAUUUUAGCAGAUGAUUCAAGUGAAGAGGAAAUCAAUGUAAAUGACAGAAGAGAAUCCAGGGUUGUGGUUAACUCAAGCACCGUUAAUAAGAGCAAACAACAGGAACACUGUUUACAUUUAGUGUCUGGUGGGUCUUCAUUGCAGUCCAGGGACCAUUCCAGUCCAACUGUUAACCAAUUGCCAACGCAGAGACAGCAGACACUACUAAAUUUAAAGGAUACAGUCUCUGAUGUCUUGGACUGCAAACCUCAAAGCCGUAAUAAAAUUGGAUCUACCUUGCCAUCGUUCACAACUGUUGAUACACCAAAAGACUGCAGAAAAUUUCCAUUUCAAUUGAAGGUUGGUGGUGCUCUGGAGGAUUCUAGCACUGCAAAGGCGUACUGUUCUAGUUCAAGACCAAGUUUAGCUGGCACACAUGCUUCUUUUAGACCUCCACAGGAAGGCCAGAGAACUUGUAUUCUUGUAGGUAGUUGUGAAAUCACUUCCGGUUCAGAAGUAAUUUCUUCCUUACGAGCAAUUCAUGGCUUACAAGUAGAGGUUUGUCCUCUUAAUGGUUGUGAUUACAUUGUGAGUAACCGCAUGGUGGUGGAAAGGAGAUCUCAAUCUGAGAUGUUAAAUAGUACCAAUAAGAGCAAGCUCACUGACCAGAUCCAGUACCUUCAGAGCAUGUUUGAAAGAAUAUGUGUGAUUGUGGAAAAGGACAGAGAAAAAACAGGAGACACGUCCAGGAUGUUUAGGAGAACUAAGAGCUAUGACAGCCUGCUGACUACCUUAAUUGGUGCUGGGAUCCGAAUUCUUUUCAGUUCCUGCCAAGAAGAAACUGCUUAUUUGCUGAAGGAACUGUCUUUAGUGGAACAAAGGAAGAACGUUGGUAUUCAUAUUCCGACAGUGGUGGACAGUAAUAAAUGUGAGGCACUUCAAUUUUAUCUAAGUAUUCCCAAUAUAAGUUAUAUAACUGCAUUAAAUAUGCGUCACCAGUUUUCAUCCGUGAAAAAGAUGAUUAACAGCUCACCUCAAGAAAUCUCCAUGUAUGCACAAGUAACUCAUCAGAAGGCUGAGGAGAUCUAUAGAUAUAUUCAUUAUGUAUUUGACAUGCAAAUGCUACCAAAUGGUCUUAACCAAGGUAGACUGAAAUCUGAUGUGAUCAUUGUUCAGGGUGUGGUUAUCAAAGAACUCUCAUACUAAAUGCACUUCAGUAAUCAUUGCUGUGUUUUGUGAUUAUCAGUUUAAAAUAUGUGGAUGAGAAUAUUUCCAUAUGUUUUAUAUUGUGCACAAUUUUAUUUAAAGAUUAAGUUCUAAAAAAUGACAACCUCUGUGCAACUAUCAAUUUGAUUAAUUAUGAAACUUUAUUGAAUAAAAAAGGUUUAUUAAGAAAGUAAAAGCUUGAGCUAGCAAUAUAUUUUGGAAUUUUUCCAAGGAUCAUAAUGCUAUUGUCAUCAUUUGUUAACAAAUUGGUUGUUGUAGCUGCCUGCUGCCAACUUAAUGGUCAUAAACAAUUUUUCCUAUAUAUAAACUAUAAGAACUAUAUCAUUUAUAUUUUAAAUGUUUUGAGACUACAUAUAUGUUGGAUAAAGGAUGGGUGGUGUGUGAGACAAAUGCUCCUGUAACUAGCACGGUAGAAAAUUUAACUGAGUAUAUUAUAUUAUAAGAGGUGUCCCAGUUAAAUCCUAUUAGUGUGAAUGCCAACCUAAACUACUUUUAUUGUUGAAAUACCAUAUUCAAAGAAGUGGUAUAUUGGCUUGGACUUGAAAUUUUUCUUUUUAGUAUAAAUGGGUUUAUUGAAUAUGGAUUUUCAUCUUGACCCAUUACAGUGUGUCUGUGAGGCCAUCAAUAUUGCAAGAGGGCUCCAUGUUCUUACUGGCAACGUCUGAAGCCCUUCUUUCUUAAUCACUCUAGUACUAAAGCAGCCUUUAAUUAUGGGCACCCCCCAGCCCCCCCUUAGGGUCCUUUAUUCUCUGGUUGCUUUUUUUUUUUUUUUUUAUUGUUACAUUGUUGGGUAGUUGAACCACCUCACAGCAGAGAGCUUUAUCUUACUUCUCUUUCCUUCCUCAUCAGAUGAUAAAAGUGAGGCUCAGGAACAAGUGACAGUCCAUUUCAGACUGGUAAAUCUAGAACCAGAGCGCAGGAACUAGACACAGUUCUCUUUCACUAAAAUGCUAUUCUAAUUGUGAACUUAGCUCCUUUGGGAUAAUACAAAUUCUCAAUUCUUCUGAAAGCAGCUAACUUUGUAUUUCUGUUGUUCAGUAACUGUCAAAGCCAGAGAGAAAAGAAGUCCUUUUAAGUUAUUGGCUGGCUGAUGCGGUUAUUAACUUAGCUCAAGUUCAAAUUCACCCUUCAGUAUCUUGCUUUGCUGUAAUGGGCUGUACUUUUUGAGCAUUUCUCCCUGAAAUGAGCAUGAUUUGAACUUUGUCAGUGAAAGGAGAAAAGCGGCUUUUCUCCGUGGUUCCAGUGUGCUGUGCUGCUGCUUGCUUGCCUCAGCUACUUGUUGUACAGGUAGUGAUGUGGGUGGGACAUCAGGUGCCCUGCCCCAGCAGCCCUUCCCCUCCCAUGCAGACCAUGUGUUUGGAUUCUGUGUGUCCACCCAUGAGACAAAAUAUUUCAUAAAUUAUCAUAGCCUAUAUUUCAUUUAUUUAGGGUUGCUGCGGAGAGAGCUCUAGCCUCAUUUAAACUGCAGUAUUCUAUACUCCCACUGGUAGGACUUAAUUAUCAGCCCACUUGAUUAUCAGUCCAUCUUAUUUUGAGCUCUUAAAAGUCUUUCUUUACCACUUUUAAGUGUCCUUUGGAGGUUACUUUAAACCUUACUAGGUUAUCUUAUGACCUGAUGGAAAGAAAUGGAACUGACCAGAUACCUGGCUUAGACUAGGAAGGAUACUGGAGUUCUGAUAAGGACACAGGAAUAUGGGGAUAAGGGUCACACUUUUGGUCUGUUUCAAGUCUAUGCUAUUUCAAAAUUAUCUUUUGUUUGCCAUUGUGGAAUGUAACUGCCUUGUAGAACACUAUCCAGUAACAUCAACCAGUGUAGUAUUUUGUAGAGCCACUCUGAAGUAACCCUUUCAUUUGUUCCAUCCUAUAUCAUCAUCUAUUAAGUCUUUGUGGCAGAAAUAAUUGUGGUAGUUUAAAGAGAAUGAUCUCAGUCUAACUGCACUAUUUAAAAUUUUAUGUUUCUAUAAUUCCUAUAGUUCUAUAGCUACUGGUUAUUACUAAAUUCUUAACAAGAAAAUAUAUUUUUUAGUAAAAGUUCUGGUAUUUUUUGAGGAAACAAACUGAACCAGUAACAUUAUGCAUAUUUGUUUUCAAUGAUCCAGUAAGUUUUAAAAAAAUAACUAAAACUCAAAAAUUAUAAAAGCAAACUAACUUUAUUUGAACAACCUAACUGGAGAGAAAAGGUAAGUGAAAC